GAGCCAGACCGGUGGCAGGCAGCUUGGGGCAGGCUGCAGGCAGCUGUGUCUGGAGUCAGUGCCGGGACAGAGCAGCCGCUGCACCGUGGCCCCAUGAGCCAGACUCAGCUCCAGAUCCUGGUGCUCGGCCCCGUGGCCUCUGGGAAAUCCACCAUGACCAGACACCUGCUUUGCGAAGGGGGCGACAGCUGGAAGAGUCUGGAGACACCCCAGAAAGAGACAGGGAAGAGCCCCCCCACGCCUGCCCGGAUGCUGGACAGGCCGAGAGCAGAGCAGCAGCAGGGCACAGCCCCUAGUCACCUCCUGCAGCCCUUCAAGACCCCAAAGUACGAGGUCAUUGUUGUCGAUUCCCUGGAGCCUGGGGGGCUGCCCGGUAACCCGUUCCCAGGCAGCGCUCCGGCAGGCGCUGCCGUGCUGCUGGUCCCUGCGGACGGGGGACAGCGUGAGGCCAGCUGCGUUGUCACCUGCCAGCAGGUCCUCUUGGCCUGCAAUCUGCCGGCCAAGCAGCUCGUCGUCUGUGUGAACAAGAUGGAUGCCACAGAGCCUCCCUACAGCCGCCAGCGCUACCAGGAGAUCAGCCAGGAAGUGUGCGCCUGCCUCCGCCAGCUGGGCAAGAACCCAGCAACUGUGGCUUUUCUCCCCAUCUCGGGCUUGCAUGGGGACAACCUGCUGGAACCCAGCUCCAGGAUGCCCUGGUUCCGAGGCUGGGCAGGCACUAGGAAGCGGGGUGGUACCAUGGCCACCAGCCUGCAGCAGGUCCUGGAUUCUCUUGUCCCUGGGUGGCCCCAGUGGGACUCCAGCUACACAUGUGGAGGACUGGAGGGUGACCCUGUGAGAAUGAGCAGCACCCCCGUGCCCUGCUUAGAGGAGUCCCUGAUCCUCCCAUCCUCCCUCGACGGUACCACAUCAGUCGGCCUGAAGAGGAAGGACUCGGAGAGCCCCGUCCUGCAGCUGCCGAAGAAGCCGCGAGGGGAAGCCCUUCAUGCUGGCAUGCAGCCGCUGGCACCAUCCCAGGGGAGUGACCUUGAUACAGCACUAAACUGGCAAAAACAGAUCCUGGAGACCCAGUGCCCCCUCGCUUCCGCCCCACCCACAGAACCCUCCCACUGGCCGCAGGCCCCACCCCUCCAGCCCCCUCCACGCCCGCAAGACACACUGCCCUAUCGGCUCCAGGCCCCGCCCAUCACGCUCCAGGCCCCGCCCCUUUCCCCGAUGACCACGGCCCCGUCCAGCCCCGCCCUGUGA